AUGAGAAUGCCGGUCCAACUGGCUGGACCCAGUCUUGGGUCAUUGAGGCUGUCGAAUGGUGGCAGGGGUGGUGGAGGUGGCGGUGGUCUCAUGUCAUUCCUGAGAAUGAGUGUCUGCCAAGGGAACUGUUCUGGUCGUGGGGACUGCCUGGAUGGUGUGUGCUUCUGUGAAGUGGAAUUUGGUGGAGAUGCUUGUCAGGAGCCCAACAGGAACUACUUUAUCGCCUUCGCGUCCAUCUUCUACGUCAUGUGUGCUGUAUCCAUGGGUCAGCUACUGGUUUACACUUGGGCCGAGUUCCAACGCAUGAAGGCGCCGUCAUUUCGGAUCGUUUUCCGGCCCACAGUGCAAAAAUCUCUCUACUUCAUCAUCUUCCUCGCUUCUGCCCUCAGGGCUGCUUACUUUUCUGCGCAGGAUACAGCGUCAAGUUGCUGGGCUUCUUCUCUGCUUGGUGCGUAUUACGCUGUCCUACUGACUGGUUCGUCUCUGAUUGUGUGCUUUUGGGCGGAGGUGUUCCAUCUGCCUGGAAUGAGGUGCGAAAGACCGAGGUUUCUCGGCAAGUCCACCAUGGGAUUCCUGGCUUUCAAUGGCAUCACGUACACCUUGUUGCUGGUGGAAGUGGUGGUGUUGCACAUGACGCCUGAUGAAGCCACGCAAUUGUACUUGGUGCAGAUUUUCAACAGCGGCUACGCUGUGCUCAUGUUCAUCGUGGUCAUCUUCUUUCUCAUCUACGGCGUCGAAGUCUACUUUAAAGUGAGAGGGGGAUUUCUGAGGCACACCAGAGCAGCAAGACUGAAUCGGAAGCAGUCGUCGAGGGUUCUCAUGAGGAAGAAGAAGAAGCAUUCGGAAGCUGAUGAAACGGCUGCGAAUCCCGAGGAAUUGUCUGAGCUGAAAUCGACGACGGAGACGGCUGCCGUUGCGUCUCCGUCUUUCAUCGAACUUCCCGUUACUCCAAUUCCGGCGGUUCAAACUGCGUUGGAAGAGAUGAACAAGGUGCCCCUGGUGAAGCUCAGUUUGGACUCGAACCAACUUCAGCAGAGUCGCUUUGGCCUGGUGUUUCAGGCUGUGAUUUUGCUGGCCACGGUCUGUUUCUUGCUGUCUGACAUCCUCGGGGACUUUUGGAAAGACAAGGUCCCAGUCGUGAGCAGAAAUUGGCACGCGGUGGUUUUUCGCCUGCUGGAGUUGGCCGCUGCUUUGUGGUUCCCUUGCGUGCUUUGGAAUUGCAUCAGGCCGGACGAGUUGUGGAUUCUGAAUCCGAAGAAGAUCAUCAAAUUCGUCCCGAAUCCGACGCGCUUCAACGCCAGAAGCAUUUGUCGAAACGGAGCUUCGUUCGACUCCGACGUUUUCGCCGGUUGGGAAGAUGAAGUCAAUGGGCCCACUGCCGGCAGCAAGGACUCGGAGGUGGCCAAGGCGGAUCGAAGUGACGGUGAGGUCGAGUGUUGGAUUUGCUACGAUGCCGACGCUGGCCCGCUUAUACAUCCCUGCAAUUGUCGCGGUGGGGUCGGAGCUGUGCACCACGACUGUCUCAAGCGGUGGCUGGUGGAGUUGGCUGGAGCCGUGAACUUGGAGGAGCAGCAGUUGUGUUGCCGAGUGUGCGGAGCUGCGUACCAAGUGGAAGUGCAGGCGCCUGGGGCCCACCAGUUGCUGUUGCGCAGCGGGAGCGUGCUGGUUGGUGGCGGCUGCGACGGGCGCCACUGGGCGCAGAAGGCCGGCAUGGUCGUGGCCAUGGUCUCGGCGUCGGCCGGCACUUGGGCCGCCUUUCAACUGCCCGAGGCCACGACCUGGAUCAAGCUCUCCGUCACUGGCUUUGCAGCGAUCGUCUACUAUGUCUGUCUUCGCUUCAUGGGCUUCUCGGUGUUCAAGGCCUACUACGAAGCCCGGGUUCGGGGCAUCAAGAUCCUGGAUGCUGCAUCUCCGCAACUUGCGCCGCAAAGUCCUUGCGAUGGAAGAAGCAUUGCGAGAACGUCGAUUCCAGAAACAGUCAACAUAUUGGAUGUACGAAGCAUGGAACGUGCAAAAGCUGGAGCAACAUUUUCACCGAAUCAUGUUCCUUACAUUCGCAUCAUGGAUCAACAGUUGAAGCAGGUGCCACACUUUUCCGGUCCAAGUGUUUCAAACCAGGUGUCAGACUUGAGAGACAGACUAGACCAGAUAGUGUCCCUGAGGAAGAUGAUGGAAGCCAGAGUUGCACUGAGCAAGUCACAGAGCUCAUCUGCAGCCAUGUUGGAAGCAGCAAAUGGCUCCCUUGCAGAACACAUUGAUGUCAGGGAAGAGGAAUUUUUUGAUGCCAUUGCCAGAGUUGAAUCCAUAGUCAUGGAUUGUAUUGAUAUGAGCUCACAACUUCCAAAUGGUGUCAUCAGUGAAGAACAAGAGUGGAUGCAUGAUGGAUUGAAAACUAUCAGCAAAUUGAGAAGUGAAACCCAGUUGUGCUUCAGUGUGAGAAGCACAGCAAAUGGAACAUACCCUCUGAGUGGCCAGGAGAAGAGUAAUCUUCACCAUUCAGUGCAGAUGUCGCUCACUGUUCUCAAAACCCUACAGAACAAGUUCUCCCUUCUGAGGGACAAGAUGAAAAGCUUGACUGGCUCCCAUUACACAGAAUCAAUCGCAAGUUUAAGCAUGGACAUGAAAGAGAGAUACAACAGCAGUGAUGAUGCAAUUUUGCCAAGAAUUGCUGCUGGUUCCAGCAUUGUCAGAUCAGCUUCAGCAACUACAUGGUCUGGUUAUGACUUUGCUGAUGGUGUAGAAGGCAGCAUGUCUGUCAAACCUGAUGGUGAUGGAGUCCAACAACAUUCCACCAGGGCACUGGUCACCAAGUCAGCUGAGUUCAACCAGCGCAUUCAUGCCUUGAUUGGCAAUCACCAGCACAUUGCAGAUGAACUCCCUUCAUCAACAUGUUCCUCUUCCCAGGACCCUUUUGCAGACUAUGUAGAAACAGCUCUGACUGCUGAUGAUGCUGCCAUGAUUGCCAAGUUAUUGUGUGCUCAAACACCAGCACCAUCAGCAUUGCCAACAUCAGAUAUUGGUGCAUUAGAACCAUGUCCUUCUACUGAUGAGCCUGUUGUUGUUGGAUGUAAAGACCCAAGCUGGUGGCAGCACUGCUCAGCUUGUUUGGCUCUGCCCAAUGGACCCACAGUUGGGUUCCAUGACUGGCGCCAAGUCUGUCUGAGUUUGCACUCUGAUGGAGACCAAGGUGGAGGAGGUGAAUGGUGGAUCCUGGGUGCCACCAAGUACCUGAUUCUCUUCCUUGCUGGCUACUGCUUAUCCAUGUGGGUGGUGGAGUAUGGCUUGUCCACAGAAAGAACCAUGGUACCAUCUUGAGUCAUCAUCAGAGCACCCCCAUUUCCAAAACACUCAUUUCCUGGUCCAUUUUUUGGAUUCCAUUCUUGAAAAAAAAAAGAGAAUUACUGAGGAGUUGUGUGUUCCAAUUAAAAUGGCAACCUCCUGAUGGUCCUUUUUCUGCAGUUUAUUCCACUCCUGCGCAAAAUGGAAUAGGGUGUCCCUGAAUGGAAGAUGGAUUUCAGACCUGUCUUUCUUGCUUCUGUACUAAAUUGAUGAAUGCAAUCCCCCUCUGCAGAAAAACAGAACAGCAGAUUGUUCUCAUCCCUGGCAGAAAAACACCUCACCUGGGAAACAAUGAAAAAGAGAAAUUGAUUGAGUACCUUUGACAACCCCAGCAAAUUGCUGGAUGUGAGGGGGAAGGAAAUAGGAACUGAAUUUCUUAUUAAUGUUCAUUGCCCUGAACUGAUCUUUGUGGUGGUGGGAAGAAAUUAUAAGAGAUGGAGUGGAGGAAAAA